AUGAAGUACGUGCCCGCAAUAGCUUCUAUGAGCCUGGGACGAGCCUGGGUCCAUGAUUUUGAAGGAAAGAUGAAAGCUGCAUCCGGAUCGGGAUUCCAGGGCAUGGAGAUCUUCUACGAAGACCUUGAAUAUGUCGCAAAAUCUCUAUCUUCAUCGGCAGAUCAGAAUGCUACACCCUCCCCAUCACAGCUUAUCGCCGCCGCAAAGAAGAUCAAGAUGACCUGCGAUGAGAACAACUUGCGCGUUAUCGGCCUGCAGCCAUUCUUGUUCUACGAGGGAUUGAAGGAUCGCCAACAACACGAUCGCUUGAUUGAGAAGCUGCAUGUCUGGUUCGAUAUCGUGGAUACACUAGACACAGACACCAUCCAAAUUCCCGCAAACUUUUUGCCAAAAGACCAGAUCACAGGCGACAUGGACACGAUAGUGGCGGACAUGGUCAAAGUCGCCAAUUUGGGUGCAAGUCGCGAGCGACCAGUUCGCUUUGCAUAUGAGAACCUUUGCUGGAGCACGUACAUCGAUACUUGGGAGGCAGCAUGGGAGGUCGUGCAGAGAGUGGAUCGUCCGAACUUUGGCAUGUGCCUGGACACCUUCAACAUCGCCGGUGGGGUCUGGGCAGACCCUGCUGCGCUAACAGGCAUGGUUGAGGGUGCCGAAGCCGCUUUGGACGCGUCUCUGGAAAGGCUCGUCAAGACAGUCGAUGUUGCAAAGGUGUUCUACAUCCAGGUAGUGGAUGGUGAGCGCUGCGAUCCACCACUUGACGAAAACCAUCCUUUCCACGGACAAGGACAGCCAAGUCGUAUGUCAUGGUCUCGCAAUGCUCGAUGUUUCAUCUACGAGACUGAUAGGAAUGCCUAUCUACCUGUGGAGAGGGUGGCUCGAGCAAUCAUUGAAGGUCUCGGGUACCAAGGUUAUGUAUCCAUGGAGCUGUUCUCGAGAACACUUGCAGAUGCCGGGCCGAAUGUUCCUCAAAGCCACGCUCGGCGAGGAAUCGAAGCCUGGGAGAAGUUUGUAGAUGCUCUGGGUUUGCAGUGA